CUCCCUCCCACUCCGCCCCCACUCCACCCACUGCCUCGUAUUCUAUUCUGCUCCUCCCGCGACGGCGACUCCCCCGGCGGGGCCCUAGGGUUAGGGUGCAGGCGAGUCGCCCCCUCCGCCGGCGAUCGUGGGCGAGAUCCAUGUCGUCCGACCCGUUGCCCCAGCUCCCGUCACCGGUGGCGCCGCCCGGCGCGGCGGGGGUGGAUCCCCAACCCCGGUCCGUGCCGAACGCCGAGCCGCCCGAGGUGAUGCACCGGACGAGGGCCGUCGAUUUCCUCGGCCGCCGCACGCCUAUCGUCUACCAGAACGACAACGGCCCCUGCCCGCUCCUCGCCAUCUGUAACGUGCUGCUGCUGAAGAAUGUGAUCAGCCUGAACCCGGACGCCAGCGAGGUGUCGCAGCAGAAGCUGCUCUCGCUAGUCGCCGAGCGCCUCAUCGAUUCCAACAGCACCGUGCAGGGCAAGGACGAGGAGUACGCUCGUAACCGAGAGCAGAACGUCGCUGAUGCGAUCGACCUUCUGCCGCUCCUCACGACGGGCAUCGACGUGAAUGUGAUGUUCAGGAAGAUAGAUGACUUUGAGUUCACCCGAGAACGUGCCAUAUUUGAUCUUCUGGAUAUCCCACUGUACCAUGGAUGGAUAGUGGAUCCUCAGGAUACUGAAACUGCUACUGCUAUUGGAUCAAAGUCCUACAACGCUCUUGCUUCUGGGCUUGCUGAAUUUAAGUCGGGUAAACCGACAGAAGAGAGUGGACAUGUGGAGGAAGAAACUGUUGAUUUUGCUGCUGCAACAACUGCAGCAUUAGGGGUUCCUUCACCCAUUGUUUCUCAGGGGAGAUCAUUUGAUGAACAUACACUCUACCCAGUUGAACAGCAAACAAGGCGAGGCGACCUUGAGGAAGAAGAUGAACUAAUGAGGGUCCUCAAUCUGUCCAAAGCUGAAACUGUAGAUGCUAUUGAUGGAUCUGUUUCCUUUGACGCUUUGAAUAGUCAUUCAUCCUCCAACAUGGAGGAAACACCACAUAGUGAGAGCUUCCGAUCAGAGGCACCUGAGAUGGUGGAAGCAACAAAUAAAGAGGACAUCGGUAACCAUGCUAUGAGCGAUGAUGGUUCUAUGUUACAGGACACAAAUGGUGUUGCUAAUGGCAGUGAAGCUGCGCUCGAAGAAUCUCAAAAGGUUUUGAUGUCUAAAGAACCACAGGACAAUAGAAAAAAGAAUAUGUUACCAGAGGAUGUUAAUAUACCUGUUCAAUCUUCAGAACCUACUCCUGCUUGUUCGCCUCAUGAAUCUUUUGCUCCCAGUGACCAACCUGCUGCUCCUACUCUCGGUGAAGCUAAUAAAGAAACAUGCAAUGAACUUGUUGAUGUGCAAAUUUAUGGCCAGUCUACCGAUACUGAGGUCACUUGUGACUCAUCAGUUGCAGUUUCUGAAGCUGCUCCAAGUCAUGCUACAACCGAGCUGGACGGGAAAAGUGAUCCUGUAGAUAGUUCUGAGCCUCUCUCUUCAAGCAUCCAGGAAAGUGAACCAAUAUACCAAGGAGAAGAGCACAUACUUGGCACCAUAAAUAUGGCAUAUGAAAAUCAAGAGCCAGUUUAUGAGGGUGAGGUGGUUCUUGCUGAGCAGGCUGAGACUGGGAAAAGUAGUCAUUGCUUGGAAGGCAGGGUUGCAGAACAUCAAUGGGAGCUGAUUGAUAAUUUUCUGCAGAACACUGCUAACCAGCUAACUGUCUAUGGUCUCUUCUGUUUACAAGAGGGACUUAACGAGAGAGAGCUUUGUGUCUUCUUCCGUAAUAACCACUUCAACACUAUGUUCAAGUAUAAUGGAAGUCUAUAUCUCCUAGCAACUGAUCAGGGUUUUAUAAGCCAAACUGAUUUGGUAUGGCAAAAGUUGGAUGAGGUGAAUGGUGAUGGGGUAUUUCUGACUAGCAACUUUACGCCAUUCAAGGCUGAAACUCCGAGAAAUGAUUCAUGGAAUGAACAUCAGGCUAUGACAAGUACUGCUGACUAUCUUGCUCAAUUAGAUAACUCCACUUUACCACAUUCAUCCAAAAACUCUGACCUAGAGCUAGCUAUAGCACUUCAACAGCAGGAGUUUGAGCGGCAACCUCAGAGAUAUCAGUCUCCACCACCACAGCAGCAGCAGCAGCAACAGCAACCUCAGACGCAGCAACCACCGCAUCAAUCCGGCCGAGCAGGAGUUGAUGUUGGUCCAAGGAGGUCCAACGCCCCACCUCCUCCAAGAAGUGAAUCGAAGAAAGAUAAGUGCAUUGUGAUGUAAAAAAUACCUGCAACGCAAGGAGAAAAAAGAAAAAGGGAUAAGACACAUAUACUGUAAAGAAUUGGUUUCUUUUGCCGAGGCAGUGUCUGUUUUUAGCCACCUUGAGCCGUUCCCUAUUUGAGCUCUUUCGUUUUCUUUGUUUUUCUCUGGUGCGUGUAAAUAACCUCAAUGAAUAAAGCGUAGAACAGAUGCUGUCAAAAUGAUAGCCCGGUGCAAUGUGAUUCGAUUCAUCGCC